AGAAGACCUUAAUCUCUCACUUUCCUUCUUUGUCAACAAAGCUAAACACUCCAAGAAUAUUAGUUGCUUCUUUCAAUGGCCUCAAGUGACCCAGAAAUCACACACUCCUUCCGUUUCUUUCAUGUAUACAAAGAUGGCCGUGUAGUGCUUCACUUCCCCACUUUUGAAAAAGUCCCACCCUCUGAUGACCCGAUUUCCGGGGUCCGAUCCAGUGAUGUUGUAAUCUCAUCCGAACCCGCAGUAUCUGUCCGCAUCUUUCUACCCGAAUCCGUUAACCCGACCCAAAAACUCGCCCUCGUCUUCUACGUGCAUGGUGGUGGCUUUUGCAUGCAAUCCCCUUUCUCUACUACAUACCAUAAUUUUGUCACAACCUUAGUCAAUGAAGCCAAUGUUAUUGCAGUCUCAGUCGAUUACGGCUUAUUUCCGACCCGACCUGUACCCGCUUGUUAUGAGGACUCAUGGGCUGCACUCCAAUGGGUUGCAUCACAUAGUAAUGGAAAAGGACCUCACUCAUGGUUAAAUAAUCAUGCUGAUUUUCAAAGGGUUUUUAUUGGGGGAGACAGUGCUGGAGGGAAUAUUUCACAUACUUUAGCUGCUAGAGUUGGGUCCAUUGGGUUACCUGGGACCAAGGUUGUUGGGGUUGUAUUGAUACACCCAUAUUUUGGUGGUACAGACGAUGAUAAAAUGUGGCUGUACAUGUGUCCUACAAAUGGUGGGUUGGAUGAUCCUAGGUUGAAACCGGUUACAGGGGAUCUAGCUAGGCUUGGGUGUGAGAAGCUAUUGAUUUUUGUGGCUGAGAAGGACCAUUUGAUGGUUGUGGGUAGGAAUUACUAUGAGGAAUUGAAGAAAAGUGGGUGGGGUGGUUCUGUGGAGAUUGUUGAGAAUUUAGGAGAGGAGCAUUGCUUCCAUUUGUUUAAUCUCAAAUAUGAGAAGGCUGUGGAUUUGAUUAACAAGUUUGUUGCUUUUAUUAAACAAGAGUAGGUUUGUGCUAUGUGGUCUCUAGCAUGGAUGUAUUUGUAAGUGUAAUAUUUAUGAAAUAAAAUUAAUUUUCCAAAA